ACAGGUGAUUGACAAUACUGAAAUCACACUAAUCACAGUUUUACAGCUGUAUUCGUAAAUAAAUGUAACGUUACUGCGAUCUCUCUUUGUUUCCAAAACGAAAAUAUUAUUUGGUAAUUGAAGUCGUCUGGAGGUUUCAAUAAACAUGCUGCGUGUUAAAAUUCAUAUAGCACUAAGUGCUAUAGGAGCCUUUCUAGGCUUGUCUGCAUUUAUAUGUUUCUGCAUUGUUUAUGCAAACAUAGAAGCCGGAAUGUGGGCGCUACUAUCUGGUAUCCAUGCAUCUUUAGCCCUGAUGCUACAUUGCCACUACCUGAAAGAGUCACUGCACGUCAACUUCUCAAGAAAGGCAUUACAAUACAUUGGAGACUUUGGCAUUGUAGGGUUCGUCUCCGGAAGUGCUUUGACACUCUUUUACUUGUUCCUGGAGAUCUAUUACAAAGCUGAUGUUAUGCCAAUUAAGACCAGCAUUAUCAUUCGUCUCGUCUGGUCUUUCAUGAUGAUGAAAUGGGGUCUCAUGCUGUACCUCGUCACCAAGAAGUAUCUGAGGACCUACAACGACCACCAGCUCUUCUCCGAAAACCCUAACAUUGAGGAGACUGAAAACCUGAUACAGCAAGACGGAGCACCGGCUGGUAACGAAGACGGUGAAACUACAUGGACGGUAUAAUGACGACUACAUUCGGUAUAAUAUAUAAAUAUGUAUAAUAUUUGUAUUAACUCAGGCGACACGAUUUUUUCCAAAUUACCAUCAAAGAAAAAAAUACCACUGACACCAUAGAAUAAGUUACCAUAGCCCAAUUGCAAUUUUUCGAUUCCAACUGAUUUCGUUAGCGAUACCGAUAAUUAAUUAUUUUCAGCGGGUAUAAUUAAUUAUCAUUCUCUCAAAAGAACUACGAUAUUGUAGGUACUUGUAAAAAGUUUAUUUUUCUCCGUUUUGGCCUUACGUACAUACUUUAAUUCACUGAAGUUUUAAAUUACGGAUAGCUAUAUAAAUACAUGGAUUAGAUUAUUCCGGAUACCGCCGCUUUUUCGAUCAAACUGCGAUUUCGGAAAAAAAAAAUCCCAGGCUUUUACUGUACAGUUGUACUUAGUCAUUUAAAUUAUUCUUCUUUUUCAUAUAUGUAUGUCUAGGUUUACAUCCCUGUAUCGUCAGCAUAACAAUAUGAUUAAAAGAUCUUUAUUUGGUAGCUAUUUAGACUUUAAAAGACAUAUCAAAAUUUAAAAGGUACUUUUUACUUUAGUCACAAAGCUUUAUGUUAUUUUUUUAUUAUAAUAUUUUUUUUUAUUUAUUUAAUCGAAAGCCAACAAAACCACUUAGAUAUUAUUUACGUAUGAAUCUACGAGUUAUAACAAUUUAUAUACUUUUGUGAUACCUGAGUGACCUUUAUUGACUGAAUUAUAAAAACAUUGUCGAAUUUAGGCCAAUAUUUGACUGAAAUUUUCUAUGUAUUUAUGCAUAUUUUUCUGUUAUAUUUUAAUUUACAAGUCACGUGGAUAGAAAAUAAUUCUACUAAUGUAUUUUUAUCCUUUACGUAUAUCUAAUUUCAUACUUUUUCUUAUCUGACCCAUGCCUCUUUCUAUACAUAUAUAUUUCUUAGUUUAUUUCUUCAUUUCUUGAUACAUUUAAUGAGGUACUUACUUUAUUAAUAAUUAAUAAUCUAAUAAAAAUAGCAGAAUUAAAUUGUAUACUUCGUAAAUUAAUUGAAUUGUAGGACAAGUUACUGUGCGUUUAAUAUCAACUUGUUUGUUCAUUUAGUGUAGUAAAACCUUCCUGUAAAAACAGUAAGAAAUUAUUGUAGUGCUAAUUCAAAAUUAAUGUUAAAUUUUUGGGUAUAAACAAAAUAAAUAUUAUGUUAUCGUUAUAUUUAUUACAAACAGUUAAUUAAAUGUAGUUAAGACAUCUUCCUAGUGUUUUAUUAAGUUAUAUUUGUAACUGUGUCUAUGCUAUUAAAUGAUUAUUGUCAACUGUAGUUAAGAAAUAAAUAAAGUGUUUUUUUUUUAUAAAA